CGCUGCUGUUCAUAACGGAAAUUGUGACGUAGCUGCAGGAAGCCAACAAUGAGCGCCUUCUUCGAGCAAAAGGUCAAGGCCCCGGUCGUCAAGCUGCUCAAGUCUGGCGCCUCGCCCAGCAGCAUCGCUUUGGCCAUGGCCUUUGGCAUCUCAGGAGGAAUCUUCCCCAUUCCUGGCGUUACGACGGUGCCCGUCAUGGCCGCUAUCUUCCUCUUCCGUCUGAAUCCUGUGGCCGCCAUGCUCACUAACUAUCUCGUUACACCGCUCAAUAUCGCGUCCGUCCCCGUCUUCAUGUGCGCUGGAUACUGCCUCUAUCUCCGUAAAGAGAUCAAGUAUUGACCUUGUCCUGAUUGUUGCAGCUACUACGGUAAUGCGGUCUUUGGAGGAGGCGAGGGAGAAGGCGAGUUCGCCAUGGGUAGCUUCAUGGAGGACAUCAAGACAGACACCAUCAACACACUACUGCAGUUCCGCUUCACACUGCUGCACGCCAUCUACAUGUGGCUGCUCGUCAUGCCCGUUCUCACACUUGUCAUCUACGGCGUGCUCACUCCCGUGCUGCGUCGUGUCAUGCCCAAGAACAAGGAUGAGCGCAAACAUGCCUAGAGUUUCGGGGUUUUCAUUUGAGAUUCUCCCAUGUCAUCACUACCCGAUGGCGCAUACAGGUUUUCCUAUUGAGAGCAAGAUUUUUAAACUCUUUUACAUUGGUCAUUUGCGUUGUACCGCACUAAUCGUUGUUAGCUUUUCAACUCCUAAAAGCAGCCACUGCAAGGAAACGUAGCGGCAUCACGUUCUGGGGAGUUGAGUGGAGUGCAAGGCAUCGAAUCGGCGAGCAAAAUGGACUGGCAGCAUGUUUUAAGCACUGGUUGACGGAAAUGGCUCCGACUGACAGUUGCUACGCAGUGUGUCUGCUAGGCUAAACAGUCAGAGAGGUCAACUGUUAGAUAUAUGCCUUUCUUUCGUGUUCGAGGACGAAAAGCUCGAAGACAAUCAACGUACCAGUAGAAAGGGUUGAACUGCUUGACUUUCACGCCUCCAGCGUCCUCAGUCAGAGCUAGGCGCACACCCCGAGCUGGUAACCAUUUUUCGGUCAUCACGUCCACGGGUGCUCCCAGCUUGUUGGCGAUCUUCUUUGUGAGACCCGCCAGGAUACGACAUGCAGGUGAAUUCGACAAAAUCUGAGCAGGAAGAGCGGCACCUGUGCUUUCUAAACACCCAGUCAAACACUGGAAGGUCAUGACUAUAGGAGG